GACGGAUAACCUCCAGGUGUUCGCCAACGCAGCCAUAGACUGUGCGUUGUGUCUGAUUAGACUCAUUAAGACACAGCAAUCGAUGCCAAUUGACGCACAUUUAGAUGAGUCUAAUGGCAAGGAAUCGGCGCCCGAUUUGUGUCUAAUUUCGUUGAAAUAUUUGCAUCAGUUCUCAUCGAUGUUGCGGUCGAUGUACCGAAUGCCUGCCUGUCCUCUGUUCUCGGCGCACAAGUUAAGGCACACGACCAGGGUUAUAGAUACUAGCCAUUUAAUAGAUACCGGCGCUGUUGGUGAUAGAGAGCUGCCAAUUGUGAUCACUUUAGAGCAAAUGGACAGACCUAACAAAAUACUUCAUAUUUGGUUCCUAUUAAUCGAUGAGUUUUUACAAAGUGUCCAAAAGUGUGACCAAAAGCACUGCACGACUGCUAUUGAAAUGGUGUUUCAAUGGCUCAAUGAUCUCAUUGAAAUACCUGAAUAUCUGGAAGCGGCUGAUACGUGUCCACCACCACGACCCGGCUCACUCUCCACUCUUAGGCAUCUAUAUGGACUCACAGCUGAUCUUAUAGUGAAUAAUAUCCGGCAAUUGAAUAACGAGUCAAAUGGUUGUGAUUUAUCCGAUAAUCCAAUCGUUGGCAUCGAUUUAAUGCUCAGACAAUCGCUGUUAGUAUACAUCGAGACAUUAAACGGCGAGUACCCUGAGCCUAUUGCCAAACUUAGCUGUGCCUGCAUUCGACAUAUAUUGUUAUCAGUUGUCAAUCAAUUCAAUGAUAACUUAUGGCAAAUAACUAUCGAUUGUCUGGCGAUUGGCCACAGAAUGACAUUACACUCGUUGCAGACAUUAGUGAAUGUGUUUCAGAAGACAGGCAAUCACUUUUUGGACGAUUUGGAUCAGAUUCAAGUGAUUUGCAAACGCAAUGUCAACCGUAACCACGAGGACAGCAAUCACUUGUGCCGAUUAGCGCAUCAAAUAUUCUUAUUGGAAGCCCAGAGGGGCACCGGUAGUGUCAGUGGUGGUGGUGUCGACACUUGGAAGGGUGUGUUCGAUGGCGCCAACAAUUCUGUAGUUGGAGAGAACCGUUCGUUCAUUUUUGUCAUCAAUUCCGGUGAUAAUCCGCAGACG